CCGUUUUAACAACUCUUUAUAGAUCACGUGAUGUUUUUUUCCCGUCUUGAAGUUAAACCAACGCCCCUCUUCACCGCACAGACAGAAUGGCUACCGCGGAAGUGGAACGCAAACGAGGCCAGCUUGCUGCCCUGUCUAUAGCGGUGGUGGUGGUCUUGGUAGGGGUCCCAUUAUGGUGGCGCACCACAGAAACAUACAGAGCCUGGCUUCCUGUCAAACAGAUCAAUGAGUUGGCUGAGCUCCAGCUGCAGCUCAGUGUUGACGUGGAGGUGGUGUUCUCUCGUGGGACGCUGAUGCCGGAGCAGCAGAAGAAGGUUCCAUUUACACGGACACAGGAGGAGGCCCAAAAAGUGGACGAUGACACAACCUUGCGGUACCGUUAUGAGUCAAAGUAUCGUACGGCUAACAUCAUGGAGGAAGAUGCCCUGAAGCAACCCACUGCAGCAGAGGCCGAUCUCUCUCUGCAUACCCUCAGUGCCAGUCCUUGCGGAUCGGUUGUGGUUUACGUGAUUCCAGAAACAUCUGUUCUUCUGCCUCAGGGCGUGGACGUGUACAUCGGCCAUCGCCGGACCGCCGUUCUGCGCAUGGGCGCUCCGAUGAGCGUGGGCAAGAACCAGAAGCAGCUGCUGGCCCACCUGGAGCCGCGCAUCACACAGGUGGUGCAGGUGAUGUCGUUCAGUCACACCGACAUCACGGCCGCCCUCAGUGACAGAGUCCGCCUCAGCCCUGGGAGCAAGGAGAGCUUGGCUGACAGCAUGAGGUCCUUCAAGUCCAGCCCUGGUUAUGAGAUAACGUUCAGCCUGCUGAAUCCUGACCCAAAGUCCCAUCGCCUAGACUGGGAUAUUGAGGGUGCUGUACACAGCUAUAUCCAGCCUCUGCUCACUAAACUGGCCCCUCUGGCUAACUUCAGCAUCGACUCACAGAUUUUGUACUACGCCAUGCUGGGGGUCAACCCUCGGUUUGACAGCAGCCUGGAGGCCUAUACGCUGAAUGCAGACAGCCUCGCGCAUGUCAUAAACCCUGUGGAGGCUAGGCUUGGCUCCAAUGCUGCGUCGUCCAACCCAGUGCUGAACUUCCUGCUCUAUGUCCCUGAUGCCCACCACUCCCCACUCUACAUCCACGACCACCAGAAGCAGCCGGUGGCCUCCAACGCUUUCCACUCACCUCGCUGGGGAGGGAUUAUGGUGUACAAUGUAAACGACUUGUACGGAAGAGGGGAGACCCCACUCCCGGUGAACAUCAACAUUAACAUGGAGAAAGUCAUGGGCGUGUUCCUCGCACAACUUCGACUGAUGCUGGGUGUACAGUCUUCCCCGGCGCCCCCUGGCUUCCUGGUGGAGCCGUGCGGCGGUGCGGGACUGGCUGACUGGGAGCUGGAUCGGCUCAUGUGGAGCAGGACGGUGGAGAACGUUGCCACAGCAACCACAACCAUCACUUCACUGGCCCAGCUCCUCGACCAGAUAGGCAACAUUGUUAUUAACGACAACAUCGCCUCGCAGGUGUCCAGCACCGUCACCUCUCUACAGCUGGCUGUGGCAGAGCUGGAGGCUGGGAACCUGGGCUUCGCUCUGCAGUACAGUAAAGAGGCCAUCUUAGCCUCAGAGAGGGCCUUCUUCGACCCCUCCCUCCUUCACCUCCUCUACUUUCCAGACGACCAGAAGUUUGCCAUAUACAUCCCACUCUUCCUGCCCAUGUGUGUUCCUAUAUUAUUGUCACUGAUCAAGAUUGCAUCUGAGGCCAGACAGAGACGCAAGUUGAAGCAGAGCAAGAAGGACUAAGAAGGACUCGAGCAGUGUGAAGGACUUAUGACAGUCUGAAGACCAGAGUUUUCUGACUGGUCUUCAUAUUUAAAACUUUCUUAAUGGGAUGAAUCCUGGGAAGGAAAGAUAACUAAACUGUUAAGCCACUUUCAGCAUGGAUUGUAUUAUGUUUCUGUUUAUAAGGGAGCGGUUAUUUUUAUUUAUUAUAUUAUUUGCAAGAUUGAGCGCACAUAGCCUAUGUCUGACACUGACCUAGGCCAGAAUUAUUUUUUUCUAUAUGCAAUGGUUUUAUGUAUUUGAAAUUUCAAAUGAUUCAAAGUAAAACAAAUAAUCAACUUUUAAUUUAGGCAUGUAUCUCAAGCUGCUGUCUUUAUGUGUUAAUAUUAAACUUGCAUACAUACAGAGUUAAAUGUUUGUGAAGCACUGCUUUGUAAUCUGAAUGCUGGCCCUGCAUUACCAACAUGCAUCUUUCUAAAUUGAGUAAACAUACACCAUCUUUCCCUGAAAUGCAU